AUGGCACUAUCACGAAAGACAAGCAGGACGUCGCGGUCAAGACCACAGAAUGUUCAGCGUCGGUCGAGCCGGCAUACCUCCUCGCAGGACCGGCAUGGCAGAGUAUUCGAAGACCAUGCGCAGAGCGCGAUCCGUGCGGUAACCCCAGAUUCUGGAGCGCACACAAACGUCGGCAAUGAUCCCACCGAUGGCAAUCAUGUGCAUUCGUUGGUGUUGCACUCCUCGCGAAGUAGGAACUCAACAAGGAGGCAGCGUGAGACGCCUGCAUCGACCUCCAAUAAUGAAACAAUAAGCGCAAGCGGAGGGAAAAGGCGGCAUCAGGCCAGAUCGAACACGAAGGACGACUUCCCCUUGGACACCUCUCCAGGCUCGUUCAUAACGAAAACACGGAAGAGACUUGGUUCAAUAGCGACAGGUCCUCAAAGCGCCCACCGCGAAGAGGAGGCUUUCGGAUCAAUUGGUUUUCCUUCUGUGGUCGCCAGCCCCGACAUCUCGGAACAGCACGACCUUCGAAAUCCUCAGAAAACACCGCGUCGACCAUUCUCACCGAAGGACAUGUUUGGCGUUGGCGGUAGCGGUCCGCGAUCGCCGAAGCUACUAGACAUCGAUUCGGCAAGAAUUCUGCACCUGAUGAAGACUACUUGUGGUCGAAUGCAUGGAAUCCUCUUUUACAGACCCCUACACACUUCGGCUUGGGCAUCAGCCUAUUGUGCCAUUAAUGUUGCGCCCGGCAGCCUUGUCUGCCAGACAAAGGGUGAGGUUUCACAGGCUACGACACUCAUUUCUGAUCUCAGGGGCUGCACGGUCAGGACCCAUUAUGACCACGAGACUCAGAGUACGUAUCUGAGUGUCUUGGUGGCUUCUUCAGGAACCGGAUAUCAGUUGCGGCCACCAGUCCCCGAGACAUUCGACUCUUGGCUCGCAGCGCUGCUCUGCUGGCAACCGCUGAGACCAAAGGGAAUCCACAACAAAAUGACCAAACCUCAGCUAAUUGGCAUGACCGACAAGAAGCCAGUGUCUCAAAGAAGACUUUCAGAUACUAAUACCACGAAAAGCACAGCCAUUGUGAAAGUCGGGAAAAUGCUUUUAUGGGACGGCCCUCUACCGUCAGGAUCUCAAAUAGCAUCCUCCCCAACAAGCCUUGACCACUCGAAGGCCGAAGAAGACUGUCUUUGGCGCAGGGUGAGCUGUACUCUGCACGAAAAUGGUACAUUCAGACUUCUCGCAGACGAGGAGCCUACAGUACUGUCAGCGACGCCAUUGUCGCAGCUAGCCCGGUGUGCCAUUCAGAGGCUCGAUGAAAGCGUUCUUCGAAGGCCUCACUGUAUUGCUAUCUAUCCUCAGUACCAAGUUCAAACCACUCUUGUGAGAUUAACGAGGCCGAUGGUCCUAGGUAUGGAAUCGAACGUCGCCCUGGAAGCAUGGUUUGUGCUCCUGCGUGCCCUCACAGUACCAGAGCUGUAUGGUCCAGAGCAUCCGGUGGACGUUUUUCCCCAGAUAAUGCCUGCUGAAACGAAAAAUGGGACGCCACAAUUUGUGCACGGUAUGUUUCGUAUCGAACGCUCUCUCUCUGUGAAAAUUACAGAAGCAAAGUUUGCGCAAAGUUUCGCUCCACAGGUUCUUCAGGAACAGCCCAAGAUCAAAACGAAAUCCGACAAGGUGCACACAGGCAAAGAGGCCGUCUACGCCGAAGUCAUACUCGGGACAGAUCUGCGUGCGCGCACAGCUACCAGGACUGGUGCAAACUCUGCGUUCUGGGCUGAAGAGUUCAAGAUAGAGGACAUUCCAGCCACUCUAUCGAAGAUGACACUUGCAAUUAAGCUGGAAAAUCCAGCCGAGAAAGAGUGGACUAUGGUUGCCAACAGUCUGUACGAUAUCUCAGCCGAGGCUGGGUAUCUAUCCGGCCUGGGCGGUCUCGAAAUCUCCUCUCAUGACCCAAUUUUUGGGAGAGUUGAUGUGCCAAUUGAUGAUUUGGAGCAUGCCGGUGUCAUCGACAAAUGGUGGCCGUUACUUGACAACAAUGAGCACUCAGUAGGAACACUACUGGCCAGAUUGUCAUUGGAAGAGACUGUGAUACUCAUGGAAGAAGAGUACAAGGAGCUCGCAUUGCUUCUGCAGAAUUUUUCCAACGGUCUUACGACACAGAUUGGUCAAUUACUCGGACCUGACUUACGCCAUCUGUCAGAUAUACUGUUGGACAUCUUCCAGGCUUCGGGAAAAGCUGGCGAAUGGAUCAACAACCUUAUCGAGGAAGAGAUUGAUGGCAUCUACAGAGAUACUCCGCCUAUGCGGAUGAGGUUUAGUGGCCGUAUACAUUCGAACGAUUCUUAUGAAUCGUCCGAACAACGAGAGCUGCUGGUUCGUGAUCUGAGUCGGUCGGCAACCAUGGAGGCCAACCUACUGUUUCGUGGCAACUCAUUGGUGACCAAGGCCCUUGACGCCCAUAUGCGCAGACUCGGCAAGGACUAUCUAGAAGAAGUACUAGGCGACAAACUGCGCAAAAUCAUCCAGCGGGAUCCCGAUUGUGAAGUGGACCCCAACAGAGUCAGGUCACCAGAACAACUUGAAAAGAAUUGGGCAAAUCUUCUGUUUCUCACCAGCACGAUAUGGAAGUCGAUUUUUGUCUCUGCAGCACGUUGCCCCCUGAGCUUGCGACUCAUAUUCCGUCACAUACGGUCUUGUGCGGAAGAUCGAUAUGGCUCUUUUAUCAGAACGGUCAAGUAUACUAGCGUGUCCGGGUUUUUCUUUCUUCGCUUCUUCUGUCCAGCGAUACUCAACCCGAAACUGUUCGGCCUCAUUCAAGAUAUGCCUCCUGACCGCACCAAAAGAUCGUUCACCUUGAUAGCGAAGUCCCUAAAUGUACUGGCUAAUUUGGCCAAAUUUGGGACCAAGGAACCGUGGAUGGAGCCUAUGAACAAAUUUCUGACAGCUGCGACCGGCGAAUUCAAAAGCUUCAUUGACGAGAUUUGCGUGGUCAGCGGGUCUCACAUGACAACAGCACAUCUUGAGCCUCAAUUCGCAGCACCAAACCAGAUCAAGAGCCGCCUUCCACCGUUAUCGAGAGAAGGCCUACCGAGCUUGCCAUUCCUUCUGGACCAACCAAAGCUCUUGGCACAGCUUGUGGAAUUAUGGGUGGCUCAUGCGCCUGUGACCCCUGAAGAAGCAUCUGACGAUGAAAAUGUCCGCACUUUCCAUGCACUUUGUAUCGAGCUGCAUGAGAAGAGCAGAGAGUGCCUCAAAGCUGCGGAGCAAGCGGAACGGCCGGAGGAGAACUCAGAAGGCGCAUGGGAGCAGCUCCUGAGUGAUCAACAAGGAAACCUGUCGCCCAACAAUAUCUUCGAAGAGAAUCUCCCCAGAUCUCAGGCGGAGUCAGAGAUGACAGCAUUACCGCAGACGGCUGAUGCUGUGCGGGAGGAGGACUAUAAACACACCGACAUGUCACCUGCCAUUGGUGAGGGAAAUGACACACCAUCAAGCUCGGCGUCCAUUGCCUGGGAUCGGCGAAUACCCUACCCGCAUCGGCCCACAGAAGCCGCAGCAAGGACAGAUUCGACCAACUCGUCGACGGCCUCGAUUGAUAUGACAGAAGAAGCUCGAUCCAGACCUUUGCCUAGCAGCCGUGAUGGACCGAGCAAGAACCGACUUCUUGAGCUCAUGAGUUCCUCGUCGCGAAAGAAGGGCAAAACUGGGGAAGCGACAUCAUGGUAA